AUGAAUCAAAUAGUAAUACUAGUUGUUUUGUUAAAUUGUUUUCACGUUCAUCAUGUUUAUACCGCGAAUCUACCUGGACCAUUAGUGUACGUUGUAACUCCAUCGCCGCGACCGCCACAGAUAGACAUGGGAAGAUCAGCGCCGUUCUAUUACCACAAGUGGAUGAACCGGAUGGACACGCCACAGAACACGACGCCGGCCACAACCACUACAACGAAGAUUAAAACGCCAGACCUGAUAUUUGCUGAGUUUGAAUCGAACAACAACAACAUGAAAUCCAUACGGAAACUGUUAGAAAAGGAGAAAUUUAAACCCAAGACGACUACAACGACCACGACUACGACUACUUCAUCGAGACCCAUUUAUGUACCUGACGAAGAAACGAAUGAUGAUUCAAACUACGGUUUACCAGUGCCGUCAACAGAGAAGCCAGUGAAAACUGAUAUGACUGAUUACUUUGCUCUGUACAACAACUUGUAUAACUCGGGACCAGUGUAUGUGCCGCCAGCUCCAUCAUCUAGUACACCAGCACCUCCAACAACGACUACACUAGCUACAACCACAACAUCGCAAGCAGCGAUGAACCACGUAGAAAAUAUAUGGCACAUCAUUGACAACGAGAAACAUGAUCAAUAUUCCGGCACAUGGGAAGAAGAACCAAUCAGUUCAGAACAAAACAAUAAUAAUGAUAACAAAGAAAAUACAGAAAAUACUGAUGCUGAGCCCAACGAAGAAAAGACUGAAAAUGAUGCAGGCCUCGAUGAUAACUUUGCAUUACCAGGAUUUGGCACUAAUCCCGGUAAUGGAGCGGAAAACGAAUCCCGAGCAAUUCGCACAGAACCCAAUAUCCGCUUUCCUUAUAUUGACUUAAAGCCUUUCCAAAUGAAAAAUAUGAAGAAAUCACAAUUCAAUUCCUUUUCUAAUGGCAAAAAAGGUAACAAUAUGUUCAACUUGGACAGUUUUACUGAAAUUAAAAAUCCAGUUAGGGGAGAAGUUCAGGAACCUGCAGUUCCAGUACGUCAACCUAUAGAUCGUUACAACCCUGCUCAGCCAUAUUUGCCUCAACCACCGACUUACGGUCAGAAACCAAGCAAGCCAGCCGCAGGACCCCCACCACUUUCUGCUCCACCCUCUCGUCCUAUAAAUACUGUCGCAAGCCUGGUGCCCCCGCCACCUCCUCCCGCUCCGAAAGUAACUGCAGAUGAUUUCCCGGCACCAACCAGUUAUGAGUCGUUUCCUCCAUAUGCACCUGCUCCUGCACCAGCGCCUGUUUCUUCGUACCAGCCACCUACAGAUUCUGGUCCUGCUGCUGAUAACGAUGGGCCCCCAUCAGACGUAGGGUACCGCUAUAAGCCACCCUCAGCUCCUUCACCACCAGCUCCAGUUUUUGUGCCUACGAUUGCUCCGCCCAGCAAGCCAUUUAUGAGCUAUUCAUAUGAUAAGCCCCCGAUGGUCCAAGACGAUGACGACGAUAGCCCACCGGCAAUGAACACAGACAGUAAGCCCGACUUCCAAGGCUACCACUACAGUAAACCAGCGCCUCCAUCCGCUCCAGCACCACCAGAUCACGCACCCAGCUACGGUCACCAUGACGCACCGCCUCCAUCAUAUCAACCUGAAUCUGACUAUCCCGAUCUUAUUUUCGAUAAACCUCACAUGGGAGAUACAAAAGGUGGUGAUUCUAUGAAAGGUAAUGACAUGGGAAUGAUGGCACCGCCUCCUCCGCCUGCUGACCUCAAGCCUGACCACGGACCCCCAAUGGACGAUCAUGGUUUUCCUCACGACUUCCCGGGAGAUUUCAAGUUCCAUCACGACUUUGACGAGCAUGAUCACGAUCACCAUCAUUACCACCACCCUACAACUACGACCACCACUGAGAUGCCUCGUGUCAACAGAUACAGUUACUAUUACUUAGGGAAGAAGCUUUACUACUUACCUUUGUACUUUAGUGUAUACUUCAUUGUUUACGUAGGAGCUCUCAUCAUCAAAGCCGUGUUACGUCAUAAGAUUACGUACCCCAACAGUUGGAGACCGAACCAAACCACGGCAGGAUUCUUCUCCAAGAGGUCAAUCGAAUCACAUCUUUCUAAUGAAAAUCUUCAUGAGAUUACAGGUAGAGUCACGCGAGCUAUCGCAACAGCCGCUGAAAAAUACGUUAGUGAAAAGGUCAAAUCAAAUUAG